AGCUUAUUUCUCGAGGGACGCGUCAGUUAACCACGUUCCUGUCUGCUUUAGAGGAAGCAACUCUGAACCUCAUCAGUAAAUAUUGUUUAGAAAGGUGCUUGGAGUAAUAGAGAAUCACUUCACUAACCGUCAUAUCAAGGAACACCUGUGUCUUGCCUUUGAGAAUGUCCAAACGAUCCAAUUAGAGACAACCAGUGACGAAUCGACUAGGAAAAGACGACGGAAAAGACAAGCUACGAAGAAAGAUGAGCCUGCCAAGGUCUUUACCCCAACGAAAGACAUCCGUGCUCAAUUCUAUUCCCGUAUGGGCCUUAAGAAAGGAGGAUCUCUGGGCCUCGAGGUUCCUACAUGUACCCAUAGCAGUAGCGCUGAAGAAGAUGAAGUCAAAAACAAACCUAGAGAAAAGAAAUCAAGUGAUAAGGAUUCCAGUAGUGCUACAGAUGGAACUGUUACAGCAGAGGAACGACCUUGUAUCACAUCCAAGUCUACUACUGACAUGCAUGAGCGUCAGUUAGACCCCAAUACCUUACCAGAUAACCUGUUUGACGUGCUGUUUUCUUGCGAGUCGGCUCAUGUACCGUGGAGAUCUCUUUUGGCACAUGCCAUCGCUUUACAUCGGUCUCUCUUCGCAGUGCUUGCCGCUUGUUAUGAGGAAUCCAAGCCCCUUGAUUGUAUAUGUGCCUGGCUAUGCUCUACGCUUAAACCAGACAUCCUGGAUGAAGUCACACACAACAUACCAGUUGUUGAAUGGCAUCGAUGGUCAGCACCAGACCUCACUGGGAUUAUUACAGCAGCGGUGAAACAUAAAGGACGAUUUGCUGUUUCUCUUGCUAAAGCGUUUUACAUCUUUGAUCCAACAAGCCCAAUGCUACGCUUCCUGAGAUUCUACGAGUCAUUUGUUGUGCAUGUUGAUUUUGAUAACUGUCAAAAGGAACUCGAUUUGUUUAAGAAGUCUUACAGCAAGCUAACAAUGAGAGACAGCAGUGUCAGCCAAUCACCGUUUAGCAUUACACGUGACGUCAGAUGGAUCGAGGAAGUCACUAGUUUGGUAACCCAGCAGAUGGUUCGUCAGUGCUGUACUUCAUACGAGCAGGGUCAUCUGUUGUCCCUGUUGGCUAAAACUAUGUUUGGCAGAAACUAUUCUUUCAAAAUUCCCAAUUACUACAAACUGCACAAGAUCAAUGAGGUCAUACAAGACACAAAAGUAGUAGCUGAUUUUGCGCAGUUGUUGGACGAGGACAGCGACGCAUGGAAAGAUGAGAUUCAACGUGUACUUCAAAGUCUCCUGGCUCAUAAAUCUUUCUCCCAGGCACGGGAGUACGCAGAUCUAUUGGGACUACCUCAGGAUCCUAUAACACUCAAAGAGGUCCUACACGAACGGGAAAGCAUAGAGAACUCUGUUCUAUGGGAAAUCAAGCAAGGACGGCUGGCAUUUUGGCACAAGGCUGACGAGUGUUUUAAGAGCAACCGCUGUAACCCAGAGAUUGCUGCUUCGUUCUUCGAGACUCAGGCUGAAGAUAAUGACCUAUCGUUUACGGAGAAAUCCCGAAUGCUAUCGAUGGCUCUCCAAUGGUAUUCCCGAACCGUUACGACUGAGAAUAAGGAAGGCCGACAGAAAGAGGAACUAAGCAAGCUGGAGAAAAGAAUAUGGCUGUGUUCUAUCAGGGCUGAGAUGGAAAAGAACCGUGAGGUUCGGUUCGCUCGAUCGGUCAGCCAUCUAGAGUUCUUGCCCUCAUCAUCUGACUGGGCUGCAGGAGUAUUCAUAAACCGUCCUAGUGAUAAUACCUCGGAAGGGUCUGGCACAAACGAGCUGAUCCAACCAGAAUCAUUCGAUACGAGUCUAAGUACUGAUGGAACUGUGCUCACAACAGACGAGGAAUUCUCAGCUCUUGAAAGAGUGAUUGGUGAGCUCUUAGAAGGGUGUCACGUGACCCAGGCACGUCGCCUGGCCGCUCAUUUUGAAUAUACGAGUCAAGAUCUUAAUAUUAUUCUGUCUUGUAUGUUUUUGGCCCAAGCCACGCGAUUCGUAGACACCCUUGACGAUCCGAUUCGCAAACUCCUAUACCAGACCCCUCACCGUCGUAUCAGUGUGUCGGGGUCUGGAUCCAACCUGGAGGGCAUAAAGCGUAGUGGUAGCUUUGUGUUGAGUACCAGUCUAACGGACAGUGUUGGCCAAGGUGCUGAUGACUCCAUCUCAGUGGACUGGGUCCAGGUGGAGGACACCAUCACUGCCAUGGAAUCCUUGACGUAUUACUGCAAGAAGGGGAAGAAAUGCUGCGCGCGCAUAACCACGUGUUACAAGAUAGCGCAGACCCUUAGUCUAGAGUACAAGGCUGUAGUGACUGACAAGCCCUUCAAUGUCCUACAUUCCCUGUUGGUAUCUGUAUUCGAUUCUCGUUACAAACUGGCCGAUGCUUAUAUCAAAGCCUUUGACUUGAGCUCAGACGAGGUUGUAGGAUUUCUCAAAGAUAUCAUUCUGUUAUCGCUGAAGGUCUAUUGUGGCGAAGAAAUUUCAAAUGGUGAAAGCGAUCUAAUCUUCAACGCGGCCCCUUCCUGUGAUGACGUCAUUCAAGUAAUCCGACUGUGCUCGGAUCAAGCGUUGCUUGGCAACCGUCUCCUAGAAACGGCAGCCAGUGUUGCACAUAAUCGUGUUUCGGGGACUGGUAGCAACAAAGCAUUACAUCUUGAAGUAGAGCUGCUGGUACGAGCCCAUGAGUGUCAUACAAUAGCCUGUAAUAUGGAAGGAAUAACAAGCGUGCUCAAAUGUGGAAGACACCUGACCGCUGCACUCGCUGGUUCAGAAGAAUACCGACUGAUGGUUCGUCUGCUGACAGGCAUAGGUCGUUUUCGUGAGAUGUCCUACAUAUUUGAUACUCUACUACGCCACCAUCAUUUUGAGCUGCUUUGCCAAAGAGGAAUCGAUAAGGAAAACAAGCUUAAAGUCGCUCUACUAGAGUACCUCAAGAGAUGUCACCCAGACGAUGACGAGAAGUACAAAAUAGUCGCCAUGCACUUCAGUAUGUACCGGGAACUAGCAGAUACCUGGGAGACGUCCGCGAUCACCCAAAUGAAAGAGCUAAAAGAUCAACAAAUGACGGCCAAACCUGAGCUGCAAUCCAAGUUGACAUCCAUAAUGAAUUCAUUCAAGUACGCCACAGACUAUUACACCAAGGAGGGUUGUUUUCAACACUCGCAGAAGUGUCUCAAGUACGCCCGUCUUGUCCAGCUACAGAUUCAUCUCCUACCGUCAGGUAUUCGUGUUAUUAACCUGAAUGAAGAAGGACUCAAACAGUUCCUCUCCAAACACAACCACUUCUUUGAGGCUCUUCUAGUGGUCGAUGCAUAUGAGAAACGAGGUUCAAAUCUAUGGAUCAGCGCCAUCUACUAUCACGUGGUCAUGGCCGGUGAUUUCAAGUACUGGCAGGACCUGCGAUCUGUUAUGACUCCUGCUAGUGUUCUGUUCGUUGAUGUGGCCAACAAAUUUAAAAAUGCCAACAACCAUCAGUCUCCACAAGUGACUCAAAAUAUGAAGAAACUGCUGACCUAUCUACCUGAACUACGAGUACGCUACAGGAUAGCUACAGACCUUGGAUUCAGGGAUGUGUCAUCUGCAAUACUAGAGAGAGANGGUGGGGCUUAUCUUAGAGAUAUUAUGGGCAUUUCAUCAAUUACCCUGUAGGAUAGCUACAAACCUUGGAUUCAGGGAUAUGUGUCAAUGGCAAUAGACCCCCUGUGUGGGACAUCAAUCUGGGUCACAACACAGUUCAAGGGGGGUAUACUAAAGUAGGACUGUUCACAUAUAAAUGACAUUUCAAAAUUAUAAUACAGAUUUCAUAUCGAAUUAAAAUUUAGUGUAAUAAACAAGACUGACGUGAUGAUAGACUUAUAAUAGACAAAAGUUAUGGAAAAGAAAUUAUAGAGUUUUAGCAAGAAUUGUACAAAUUAUUUUCUUACAAAUUUGUAAUAUAAAAAAAAUAAAAAAAGUUCUCAUUGAUAAUAAGCGCUGCGGCUGGUUUGAGUAAUACAACAGUACACUAUGAAGUCUUACCAAUAAACUACAUUCUUGUAUGUUCUGCACCAACAACAUCUUUUUUCAAGUUCUAAAUCCCAUUAAAGCAUAAAAGGCAUUAAUUUAUUGAUUUCAGUUUCGUUACAGGGUGCUAGUUUGAAGGCGCCAACAAAAUGAUCUUUAUUUAGACAUUGUUUUGUGGAGCAAAGUUGCAGAGGUAAAUACUCAAUAAAUGAAAACACAACCAUGUAACUCAAA